GAUCAGUGCGACUCUGACGAUGGCUACGAUCAAGAGAAUUGCGAAAGUUACAAGGGCUCUGGCAAGAGGAAUCCCGGCAACUGCUCCAAGUGUGGCUCGAAGCGGCACAGCACGGCCGAUUGUCCGGCGAUCGACCAGGACGAAGACAAUUCAUCGGCAAACGCGCAAGAGAAGCUACGCGACAAGAGUCACCGAGACAAAGGAAGAGGCAAGUACCGCGGAAUGGGUAAGAGCAACCACGACGGCGACAAGGUUAAGGCAAAGGCAAGUACGGUGGCGAAAGCAAAGGAUGACUACGACGACGAGGACAACUACGAGGACGGCGGGUGGGGCAUGGGCAAUUCCGGCAACUGGUACCACGCCGAGGGCACCGAAGCCUACGACAUCGAGGGCGUCACCAGGCGGACCGGCUUCUGCAGGCAGGCCUUCUUCAUUGACACCCAGUUUGAGUUUCUUGGGCGUCCGGAGUUUCUGGUUCGAAACAUUGAGAAGUCUGAGAACGGGCAUUUCCCGGCAGGCGAGAUGAACCUCGCGAGCUAUCGCAUGGUGAGAGGGCGGAGACGAUGUGGAUUUCUGCGCGAUCCAGGCGCUGCAACCGGCAUCGUCGACACAGACGCAGUGCGCGAGUGCCGCCGCGACGCGAAUCCCAGCGCCACCGUCGAGGCGCGGCCAACCGGGUCAAAGCUCGCGGGCGUUGACGGAAAGCCGACGCCAGGCGUCGGAAAUGCAGUCUUGUCGUUGACGAUUGCAGUUCUCAAUGGGGCGACUUUCGCCGGCGACGUGAUUGGCGAUGCGGGCCCUUUCUGUCUCGGCAUUAUGCCGCCUCGGGCUUCCGUGAGAUAUCGCGCCGCUGUGGUCGCCAAUGCCAAUCAGAUGGCGAUGGCAUCUUG